UAACAAUAUUAACCACAAUUUUCAAAGAGAUAUUACCUAAAGAGACAAAAAGAAGCAAUGAAACACCACCAGCUGAGUUCGUCAUCUUCUUCAAUGAAAUCGACCACCAUUACCAUGGAAGAUGAUGUCCGUACCGAAACCCGAGACAGCUGCUACUUCCCUGGUUGCAGAAAAGACGCCAAUUGCAAGUGCGAAAUCUGUUUGGCCAGCAUCAAUGCCACUCUCGAUCUCAUGCCCUUCAGCGUUCAAAAGAGUUCAUUCACUAAACUCUCUGCUUCCAAGCCUAAAUACGCAAACCACUCUCCCAUCUCUUUCGAUCCUUCCAUUACAUCCACACCCACAUCGAGUUCUUGUUGCUUGGUGGAAUCUCCGGCUCUUAAAUCAACUGCCAGAUUAAACUUGAGAGAAAACAAGGAGAAAAAGAAGAAGAAAGAGGAGGGGAAAAAAGGUGGUUUCCAAAGUGUAUUUUGGAAGUUAUUAAUGGGUUUGAAUUUGGUUUUCGUAAUGGAGGUUGGGUUUUCUUGGGGUGUAGGUGGGUUUUUGAAGCCUGUUUUGACAAGCGAUGUUGCGAGAAGCAUUGGUGAAAGGGCUUCAAUUAUGCAAGAUUUGAAUGGAAAAUUGAGGAUCUUGCAAAAUGAGUUGAAAGGAUUUCAUAAUCUCAAGGUUUCUAAUUGCAGCAAUACGGAUUCCGUAUGGGAAAUUGAUCAGGGUAGUUUGCUUCUAAAUUCGCGUUGUUUGUUGUAUAAAUCGGCAAUGGAAGAGGUCAAGAUUUGGGGGUGGCCUUUGCAAACUGCUGGAUUGCUUACUACUGGGUUUUCUUCCAAAUCAUUUACUAUCUUAUCUGGCAGAGUAACUGAAUGGUCCAAUGGAAGGAAUGGAUUUAUUAUAACAAGAAAGGCAAAUGCAUCAUGGGUACAAAGCAAAUGGGGUGCCUCCGUAAUACAAAUGGAUCCCAACACAUGGAUCUUUGAGUAUCGAAGGAGCUGGAUAUUGGACAACCCCAGAUUAAUUUCAGCAACACUGCUGGAGCUGUUGAAAGAUAGGUUGACAAAAAUGGUGAAAAAGAUGAGUGAAGAAUUUUUGCUCUUCUUUGUUUUUGAUAUCCAAUUCAUUGAAUUUUCGAGAAAUGAAGAUCAACUUAUGAUCCCAACUUGAAAGAGGGCUAAUUCUGGAUUUCAGUUAUCCACUUCUCAUUCCUUAUGAGCAGCUUUUUAUUAGUUUCAUUUUUCCUCCAAAUUUCUUUACGUGAAUUUGGUUCUGUUUAUGACUAGAUACUUGAAUCAUUGUGUGAUUGAUGGUUCAUUAAGAUGCUAGAAAAUACGAUCAUCAUCAGUAUUGGCCAGAA